AUGGCCGCCCCGUAUCCGGCAUACGGCGCCCCCCAACCGCAACGAUACCCCUACCCCCCCGCCCCCAACGACAACAACAGCACGCUCGACUUGUACAAUGCGUAUCCCGACGCUGACGCGAAUCAGAUGAAGCAGAUGGAGAUGGGCCGCGCGCUCGCCCGCACGCCGAGCCCGACGCCCAGCGAGGCGGAGGAGCUCGCAAAGUCGGGCGCGUUUGACUGGGCGAAGCUGCGCAACUGGCGGUUCUGGAUACGCAGGGAGUGGAUAUGGUACUAUGUCGCGCUGGUGCUCAUCACGGUGCUUGUCGGCUUGAUCACGAUAUACCACACGCAGAUCGUGCACUGGCUCAAGCCCGCCGCGGACUGGAUGCACGAUCUCAAAUUCGGCUGGCUCAUCCCCAUCGCCAUAUUCUUCGUCAUUUCCUUCCCGCCCCUGUUCGGCCACGAGAUCGUCGCCGUCAUAUGCGGCCUCGUCUGGGGCCUCUGGAUCGGCUUCGCCAUCGUCGCAGCGGGGACCUUCGUAGGCGAAGUCGGCAACUUCUACGCGUUCAAGUACUGCUGCCGCGCGCGCGGCGAGAAGCUCGAGAAGACGCAGAUCUCGUACGCGUGCCUCGCCAAGGUCGUCCGCGACGGCGGGUUCCGCAUCGCGCUCGUCGCGCGCCUCAGCGCGAUCCCCGGGCACUUCACCACCGCCGUGUUCUCCACGUGCGGCAUGGGCAUCGUCACCUUCUCCAUCGCCGCCAUCCUCUCCCUCCCGAAGCAGUUCAUCACCGUGUAUCUGGGCGUGAUACUCGAGCAGAGCAGCGACGGCGGCACCGUCGACACGAAGACGCGCAUCAUCGACUACGCGGUCAUCGCGGUCACGACGCUCAUCACCGUCGGCGCGAUGUGGUACAUAUACUGGAAGAUGGGCAAGGUCAAGGGCGCGGUGAUAUAUGAGCGGAGGAAGGCGAGACAAGCGAAGCUCGAGCGCGAGGCGCCGGUGCCGGUGUACGCGAACCCCGCGUUCGCGAGCACGGCGAGCGUGCCGUUCAACGCGCCCGACGCGGAGGGCGGCGGGCACCAGCGGUGGGACAAGGAGGGGCGCGCGGUCGGGUACGCGCCCGGCCCGGACCCGGUGGCGUAUCGCCGCGCUUCCCCCUUCAACUCGGAUGGGGGCAUGGGAGGGGGGGUGGGGAACGUGUACCCGAUGGCGCAGGUCCGCGAUGGGCGGAUCCCGGUGCGCCAGGAGAGCGGGGAGAGCGUGGCGUGGGAUAUGGAGUCCGAGGGUGAGGGCGCGGGCGCGGGCGGGGGGUACGGGGACAGGGAGAGGGGAAGGGGAGGGGAGUAUGGCGGGGUGAUGCCGAGGGUGGCGAGCCCGCCGGGGCUGGAGGGGGGGUAUCAGGGGCAGGGACGGGGGCAGGGACAGGGACAGGGACAGGGACAGGGACAGGGACAGGGACAGGGACAGGUUGGGUAUACGAGUCAGGGACAAGGGCCAGCACAGGGUGGGUAUGCAGGACAGGAACAGGGUGGGUAUACGAGUCAGGGACAAGGGCAUGCACAGGGUGGGUAUACGAGUCAGGGGCAAGGACAGGGUGGGUAUCCUGGCCAGAGUCCAGGACAGUACGCCCCGCCUGUAGGCCCGCCGCCCGUCGUGCCGCCGAUCCCGCCGCCGCCGCAGACGCCGCGCUCGGGGACGUACCCCACCGCCACGUCGAGCCCCAGCCCCAGCCGGAGCCCGGCGGUCCCCCCGCAGCAGCAAUACCCGUACCCGUACCCGUACCAGCAGCAGCAGACGCCGACGCAGGCGCAGUUCGCGGCGUACGCGAAUCCGUACCAGAGCCCGCUGCCGACGCCGAGCUACCCGGCGGGGACGCCUACGCAGGCGCAUUUCUCGCCCCAGGUUCAUCCACAGUCGCCGCAUCAAUUCGCUGCCGCUCCGUACGCGCCCUCGCCCUCGCCCUUCCAGCCGCAGCAGCAGUACUUCCCGCCACAACACGCGCACGCGCCGGAGCCGAGCGACGCGAGCUUCUACACCGCGCACGCGGGCCCCGAGGAGCUGCCGCGCCGCGCGUUCUCGCCGCCGCCGCCGAGCUAUCGGACCGCGCAAUGAUAUCCUACCGCCCUUCUCCCCGACCUCCCCGCUGAUUGAACACUCUCGUUUGUUUGCGUUUGCUUUACGGAUUGUAGUCUAGUUUACGUGUGCGUACCUCGUUAUUUGUGGUGCUGGUGGUGGUGGUGUGUAUCUACGUAUCUACUUACAUGUGGACGUUUGGAUGUGGUUUGGUUGGUGUGGAUUUGGACGUGGUGCGGAGGAAGACGAGCGAUGCGUCUUACUACUCAAGUACUCGGCGCUCAGCCUGUUUUGCUUGCUCGGUGGGAUGCCUGGCGUUUUGCUCUUACACUGUUCCUCCUCGGGGCCAUAUCCUUGACCCAGUCCGGAAGAUACUCUUUCGCACAACUUUCGCAUACACUUCUGUCAAAUGUGAGAGGGUAACAUAAAA